AAGAUUACUUGUGGUCACUUCUCCCAGCUUCAUCGAUUUGGUAAAAACAAGCAUCAAUAACAUUUGAGGCUUUUUAUUAUCGUUCUAUUAGUUGAAUUAGAAACAUAGAAGUUAUAUGCGUAGUUUUAAAUGUUCAUUUUGUCUUUUUUUCCAGUUCUUUAUACGUUAACUUCGGUGAGCACUAAAUUGUAAUUACAUCAACGCCAUAUUACUGGUUAGCAUAGCCUUUAGCAUUGCAACGACGACAUGUUACCGCCUCUUUAAAUUAAGAGGGCUUUGAAAAUUAGAUACUUUUGGGGAAAAAACUGAGAAUGUCAGCGGAAACGACAGACGUCCAAGCUAAGGUGGUUGAACCUCUCCCGGGUACGUCGACGCAAAAAGUACCGCAGGUGGCCUGCGGUGACGAUGACGAGGCGUUGGCGCCACAGUGUGGCCAUCUAUCGCCAAGUUGCUGCAAAUCGAACUCCCCGUCUAUGACGCCUCAUCUCUUCGGACUCCAAGGUUGCAGUCUCGAAUAUGAGUACAGAAAAGCUCAGGUUGGAGUGUUGAGGAGUUUCAUCUCUGCAUGCCAGCCUUAUUUUCACUUCCUGGAAUCCAACGGCAGAAAUGCAUUGUUUUAUGACAAUAAGAACAAGCAUGAACAGCUGUUGGAGUUGUCUCAGGAAAUGUGUGACAAACUGGAAUGUCUAGUGUUGAAAUUUGCCACCCGAGAACUCGUCACUUUGGAUGACAGCGAUCCUGAAAACAGCAUGGCUCACUUCCGCAUUGGUCACUUAAAAGUGAAGCAACUGAAACUGAAAGUGACAUCAUUUCGCUACUGUAAGCCCACGCCUUACCUGGCGAGGGUGAACACAGGCAUAUUCAAGCGCAUGCGCUGGAACGUUGAGCCUUACGACAGUUCAAUAAAUACACCGUCCAAAUACUACUACAUGUGCUGCGAGAAGAUUCCAAACCACGCAGACAGUGACAAAUUACAUACCAAAGAUGUUCAAAUGUGGUCCAUUGGUCAGUGGGUGCAGGUGAAGCCGGAUCCCAACACGGAAAGCAUUUUUGACUGGGUGCUGUGUGACGUUCCAGAGGGCGCCUUUGAGAAGCUGCUGGAUUUGGGCAAAAAAGAGCCAUCCAGCAGCAAAGCCACCGACCACCUGUUGCAGCUGCUGGCGUCCAAAGAGAACAUUUCAUUAGACUUGUCUCAGUUAAGCGAUCCUCUGAAGUAUGAGGAGGAGAUGAUGCUGUAGUAGAUAAGCACACGUUUGGGCCAGAGGCUAGCAUUUUGCACAAAUGGUAUUUCAGGGUUCUUUGAAGGGACGUUGUGUCUCUAUCAUUUUCCUCUCCUUGAGCAUAACUUGCUUUGUUAUGUUGGCCUCCGUUAUGGUCUGUUUGAUAUGUGUGGCAGUUUGUAACAUUUUGUCUUUUAAGUGUAGCUUGAAAAUGUUGACAUUUUGCACUGGUUUCAUUGUUGUGGUUCUUCUACCUCAUUUAAAUUUGUUUUAAUUUCCAUUCAUGUACAUUUUUAUAGGACUUACUGUUUGACAUCGGAGUAUUUCUAAAAACUGGAGUCAUUGGUGUCAUAGACUGUGAUAGAUGUUCAAUCCAAUUGAACUUUAAGGCCAAGCAACACAUGUAUGUUCAAUUGGAUGGACAUGUCCUAGUUGCAAACCAGUUUAAAUUCACCGUGGAAGAAUGAUCAGAGCCACGAUUGGACAUCGAUCAUUGUCAAUGGCACUGAAAGAGUUUAAGUUCAGCUUUUGUAUUU